AUGACUCAAUCACCGAUUCGAUUUCUUUUUCCCCGCCGAAUUAUUUCCUGCUGGAAUCCCGCCGCCGCCGCCAGCAGAAGACACUUAUCCUCCUCCGCUCCCACCUUCCGCGCCAAAUUCCAGUUGUCCCCAGAGCAGAAAAAAAUCAUGGCUACCCUCGAUACCAAGACCGGUCAGGUCGUUGACCGGGCCGUCCUGGACUCCAUGCUCCGCCGUCGCCUGUUCUACACCCCCUCCUUCGAGAUCUACGGAGGUGUCUCUGGUCUGUACGACUACGGCCCGCCCGGUUGCGCCGUUCUUAACAACAUUGUCGAGACAUGGCGGAAACACUUUGUGCUCGAGGAAGACAUGCUCGAGGUGGAUUGCACCAUGUUGACCCCGCACGAAGUCCUCAAGACCAGUGGCCACGUUGAUAAGUUCGCCGAUUGGAUGUGCAAGGACCCCAAGACCGGCGAGAUCUUCCGUGCAGAUCACUUGGUCGAGGAGGUUCUCGAGGCCCGUCUCAAGGGUGACAAGGAGGCCCGCGGACAGAAAGUUGAGGUCGACGCGGAGAAGGAGGCCAAGAAGAAGAAGAAGGCUAAGAGCGAGGCUAUUAAGCUCGAUGACGCGGUGGUCAAGGAGUACGAGCAGGUUCUGGCACAGAUUGACAACUUUGGUGGACCUGAAUUGGAACAAAUUAUCGCCAAGUACGACAUCCGAAAUCCGGUCACCGGCGGCAACCUUCUCCCUCCCGUCUCUUUCAACCUCAUGUUCCAGACCGCGAUUGGACCUAGCAGCAACAUGCCCGGCUACCUCCGUCCUGAGACCGCUCAGGGACAGUUCCUGAAUUUCCAGAAACUGCUUGAAUUCAACCAACAAAGCAUGCCCUUUGCCUCGGCCUCAAUCGGCAAGUCCUUCCGAAAUGAAAUCUCGCCCCGUGCCGGUCUUUUGCGUGUGCGUGAGUUCCUCAUGGCGGAGAUUGAACACUUUGUGGAUCCCGAGGGUGGAAAGAAGCACGCGAGAUUCGAGGAGGUCAAGGAUGUAGAGUUAACACUGCUCAACCGUGAUGUUCAGCUGUCUGGGAGCACCAAGACCGAGAAGAUGACUGUCGGCAAGGCUGUUGAGACUGGGCUCGUUGACAACGAGACACUUGGAUAUUUCCUUGCCCGUAUCCAGUUGUUCCUCCUCAAGCUUGGUGUUAACCCAGGCAAGCUUCGUUUCCGCCAGCACAUGGCCAACGAGAUGGCCCACUACGCCUGUGAUUGUUGGGAUGCCGAACUGCACACCAGCUACGGCUGGAUUGAGUGUGUCGGAUGUGCUGACCGUAGCGCUUAUGACUUGAACGUACACAAGAACAAGACUGGUGCCCCGCUGGUUGUCCGUGAAACCCGUGCAGAGCCCUUGAAGAUUGAAGAAUGGCAGGUUGACCUGGACAAGAAGAAGUUCGGCCCGCGAUUCAAGAAGGAUGGUAAGACCGUCGAGGCUGCCAUCAAUGAUCUGACCCAAGAGGUCCGCGAGAAGCUGGCUCUUGACCUGGAACAGACCGGCAAGAUUGAGGUGGAAGUUGCUGAUGUUGCCGGCGGCAAGGCUGAGCUCGACAAGGACAUCAUCAAGAUUGAGAAGCGCACACGCGUUGAGAACGUUCGCGAAUACACGCCUAAUGUGAUUGAACCGUCUUUUGGUAUUGGUCGUAUCCUUUACAGUCUGAUGGAACACGUUUACUGGUACCGCGAAGGUGACGAGGCUCGUGGUGUUCUAUCAUUCCCACCUGUGAUUGCACCUACCAAGGUCCUGCUCGUACCUCUUUCAACCAACCCCGCAUUCCGCCCCCAGCUGCAGCGACUGACGACUAAGCUCCGACGACUGGGUGUCUCCAGCCGUGUCGACGACUCCUCGGCCAGUAUCGGUAAGCGUUACGCACGUAACGACGAACUUGGUACGCCGUUUGGUGUCACUGUCGAUUUCCAGUCUGUCAAGGACAACACAAUCACACUGCGUGACCGCGACAGCACAAAGCAGGUUCGCGCCAGCGAGGAUGAGAUUCUGCAGGCCCUCAAGUCCCUGGUAGAGGGCGAGGAGACCUGGGAGGACAUCCUGAAACGGCUGCCCGAGUUUACUGGACAAGAGGUGGACUAA